CCGCGCGCGCAGUGUCUCUCACGCCGCGUCGCCAGCUGCACGUGCCGCUGGCCCUUAACUAUUUGCUCUUGUGACUGUCCGGACAGUGAGCCGACCACAUACACAGAUAACUGAUCUCAAUAGAGUCGUGCGAGUGCUGCACCCGCUGUUCGCGAUGCGUCCGCCGCCGGCGCCAAUGGCGCUGCUGCUGCUGUUAUGUGUGUGUUGUGGCUUGGGCGCAGUGCAGGCCCGGUACUGGGGUCGCGAGCUGGGCUCGCUUUCGCAACUGCACCACGGCGUGCGCGGGCGCCUUUUCGCUGUCGACGCGCGCACCAUCUACCUGCAAGACUUUUAUUAUGACGGAGAGGGACCAGCGGCAUUCUUCUACGUGGGCACAUCGAAGACCCCCGCGGGCGGCGCGGGCGCGGCGCGGCUGCGCGACGAGCGCGGCGGCACGGGCCCGCUGCGCCGCUACCGCGGGGAGGCGCUGACGCUGUCGCUGCCCGAGGGCACGACGCUGCGCGACUAUCGCUGGUUCUCCGUGUGGUGCGACGAGUUCUCCGUGAACUUCGGCGACGUCCAGUGGAACCGCGAGGUGGAGUUCCCGCGGCCGGCGCGCGUGGGCGCGCUGCGCGGCGUGCACGGCGUGGCCUCCGACCCCGUCGUCGUCGUCGACGCGCAGACGCUGCUCGUGCCCAACUUCUCUUACGACGGAGAGGCGCCGG